CUAGUGGGACAUCAUUCUAGGUAUAGUUUGUCUUAAAGGCAACUUACCUAUUAAUAGUGGUGAUAAUUUAAACGUUGAAUUUAUUCUUUUGUAUCUCUACCACAAGAUUGUCAAAGUACGUUACGUCAAUAUGUAUGGAUGAAUUAGCAAAUGCCUGGUACAGUUUGGGCAAAUAGCUGUCAAAAUGGAACUUCUUGUCUACGUGCUGUUUCUUACUCAAGUAGUUCUAGGUUCUAGCAACUUAGACAGCUGUGACGAAGAGUGUACUUGCAUAUCAGGGAUUUUGAAGACCGAAAAAUCUUGUACAAGUGUCCCUGAGGCAUUUAGAAAUUUUAACAUAACUCCGGACUACGUACAAGUCGCACCAAAGGAUUUUCUAGAGACGGACUAUGCAACGGCAACAGUGAAUUUAGGAAAUUUCAUACCACCUCUUAGACUUGUUGACGCUAAAACUGUAAGUUACAAUAAAGGGAAAAAACAUGGAUAUUACACAUUGAUAUCCAUCGACUUCGAUGGCGAAUCAAAUGGAAAAGUUAUCGACCUUUUGAUGAAUGUAAGGGAUUUGGAGAACGUGGUACCAACAUCUGGAGAUGUGAUAGUCUUGUUUACUCCGCCCUUACCUGCUUUAGGAAGCGGAGUCCAUCGUCAUGGAAAAUUGUUGUACGAACAAAAAGGACCUAUUGAUGCAAACCAACUAGAUCUUUUAAAAUUAUCGAGAUAUCCAGUAAUACCUAACCUUACAAAGUUCACGAAGACCUAUCACCUAGGAAACCCCGUUGCUGGUAACUUGUAUACAACGGAGUUGAGACGCUGUGACAGUUCUGAUAAAUGUUCGGACAAGGACGACAGUGUUAAACAAUGUGAAAGAUUAUGUAAAAUUCUGUCAAACUGCGAUAAUGAUCAAAUAGAUCAAAUGCAAUGUGAUGCAGUUGAUAAAUAAUUUAUAUUUU